AUGAGUAAUCCGAGAAAAGUUGUGUCUUUCGAAAAGGGAGUUCAAUUAUACAAAACCCGCGUCGAUUCGGACGCAAUGAUAAUCAAGCUUCUUAUACUGGCGCUCGUAGGCACAGCCUACGGACGGCCUCAAGAAGACUGUCCGUCUGAUGGACAGCAGUAUUUGAUCCCACACGAGAGCGACUGCUCUUAUUACUACAUCUGCGAAAAUGGCCAGAAGGUAGCCUGGUCCCGAUGCCCGGCGCAGACCUACUUCUCCUUUGAAAAACAGAUAUGCGACUUCCAUGUGCCUUCCGGAUGUAAUCUUGAAUCAAAUCAGGACAGUGCGGAUGAAGCCUUCAAAGGCGGAAGUAUCAAUCUCGGAAAUGAUUAUGAAACCUUCGACAACGGUUGUCCGAAGAACUUUAGCAUUGAGAAGCUUUUCCCGCAUGCCGACUGCAAGAAGUUCUACCAAUGCGUCCACGGGAACUAUCAAGAGAUGCCCUGCGGCCCGGGGACUAGCUUCAGCUACGCAUUACAGAAAUGUACCUGGCCACAACUAGCCGGGUGUGAUGGUGACGAGAAUGACAAUGACAACGGUGGCGGUAAUGGCGAAGGCAGUGGUGAUGGAGGAAAUGGUGGAGGUGGCGGGGAUGGUGGAGAUGGUGGAAACGGCGGAGGUGGUGGAGACGGCGGAAACGGUGGAGAUGGUGGAAACGGUGGAGAUGGUGGAAACGGUGGAGAUGGCGGAAACGGCGGAGAUGGCGGAAACGGCGGAGAUGGCGGAAACGGAGGCGGCGGUGGUAACGGAGGCGGCGGUGGUAACGGAGGCGGCGGUGGUAACGGAGGUGGCGGUGGAAACGGUGGAGGAGGAGGAGAUGGUGGCAACGGAGGCGGCGGCGGUAAUGGUGGAGGCGGCGGAGAUGGUGGUAAUGGAGGAGGCGGAGGAGGUGGUGGAAAUGAAGGCGGCGGGGGCGGGGGGAAAUGGUGGUAA